AUGUCGGGAUUGCGGCCAUCCUCACCAAUGUACUCGACUCCUCCUUCUUCAUCCAAGUUUCACAGUCCGUAUUUUACGCCAGGGCAGGUGGAAUCUCUCUCCGCGAAGCAGCGAGGCAAGCUUUCGGUGGUGCACGAAGACAGAACGAGGCAGAGCGCGUGUGCCUUCAUUGAAGCAAUCUCUACCCGGAUUGGCUUCCCUAGGAGAACGACGGCAACUGCCCAAAAUCUCUAUCAUCGGUUCCAUCUCUUCUUCCCUUUGAAAGAUUUCAAUUAUCAUGACGUUGCCCUUGCCGCCAUUUAUGUGUCAAGUAAGAUGCAUGAUACGUUGAAGAAGCCUCGCGAGUUGCUGGCAACUUCCUACGCUCUCCUGCAUCAUGUUCCAAAAUCCAAGGCACCAGGUGGUGAAGUGGAUAUCGAUAGCAUGGACCAGCAGGAAAGCUUGCGUCAUUCUAUGGUCGAAAAUGACCGACAGAGGCUUCUUGCAGUAGAACGCCUCAUAUUGGAGACGAUAUGUUUCAACUUCACGUCAAGGAUGCCUUUCCCUUACGUCAUCAAACUGGGGAAGGCGCUGGGAGCAACCAAGAAGCUCACUAAAUUCGCGUGGCGAAUCACGAUCGAUUGUCAUCGUACCCUCGUGCCUUUGCAAUAUCCACCCCAUGUUGUUGCAUUGGGUUGUAUAUACGUUGCUGCGCUUCUAUCUUCAUUUGAGCAGCCCGAGUCCCCGAGGCUUGAUAACCACGUUUCCAGUAAAUAUUUCGCCGAAAUGUUUAAUCAGGGUGGCGACUGGGAAAACAAGUACCAUGCCCACGUAGAGGACUUGCAAGAAAUCGCCCACACAAUACUCGAUUUAUUGAUUCAAGGCUCGCAAGCAUCUUCUGCCAACACGUCACCCAGCACGCCCUCAUCUCCAUCGCCUCAUCUCCAUUCACGGACUAAGCCUGACCAGCAACAAUUGCAAACUCCCUACAAAUCCGAUCAGCUCAUUCGACUAAAGAUUCACAUGCGAGAAACAGAGCAUACUCCUCGAAGGCGUUUUCCGGUCGGUGCAUCGGACCCACUCGCCCUGCAAGCUGUGGAUGGAACGGCGCAGCUCGGGAGAAAUGAAGGGACGGUCAGGUUUCUAUUUGGACCGCCGGGCACGGUGGGCGAUGGCGUAUAA